UUUCCUCCCAGGGGUGACUUGGCAGUGAUGUGCUCUGCUUCCUCACUUCUGCAAUUGCCAGAUGACAGAACGGAGGCCAGGGCAGGGGCCUGAGCCCACAGGGACGCACAGAGUCUGUAGCUGAGCCUGGGCUCCUACUACAUACGGCACACCCAGGACCCUAUGAUCAGCUGACCCUUCCCGCCCAGAGCAAUGGAACAAAAUGACUCCUCCCGGGUGGAUUCCGAGUUUCGCUACACUCUCUUCCCGGUCGUUUACAGCAUCAUCUUUGUGCUGGGGGUCAUUGCCAACGGUUAUGUGCUCUGGGCCUUUGUCCGCCUGUAUCCUUCCAAGAAAUUCAACGAGAUAAAGAUCUUCAUGGUAAACCUCACCGUGGCAGAUCUGCUCUUCUUGGUCUCCCUGCCACUGUGGAUCGUCUACUACUAUAACGAGGGCAACUGGAUUCUCCCCAGUUUUCUGUGCAAUCUGACUGGCUGCUUCUUCUUCAUUAACACCUACUGCUCCGUGGCCUUCCUGGGAGUCAUCACUUACAACCGCUACCAGGCUGUGACACAUCCCAUCAGGACAGCUCAGGCCAGCACCCGCAAGCGUGGCAUCUAUCUGUCCCUGGUCAUUUGGGUGGCCAUCGUGGCCACUGCCUCCUACUUCCUUGUUACCGACUCUACCAACCAAGUGCCCAAGAAAUCUGGCCCAGGCAACGUCACCCGCUGCUUUGAGCAUUAUCAGAAAGGCAGUGUGCCAGUCCUUAUGGUCCACGUCUUCAUUGCCUUCUGCUUCUUCCUCGUCUUCCUCCUCAUCCUCUUUUGCAACCUGGUCAUCAUCCACACCCUGCUCUCUCAGAAGGUGCAGCAGCAGCAGCGCAAUGCCGAGGUCAAGCGCCGGGCGCUGUGGAUGGUCUGCACGGUGUUGUCCGUGUUCAUCAUCUGCUUUGUGCCCCACCACAUGGUGCAGCUGCCCUGGACGCUGGCUGAGUUGGGAUACCAGACCAACUUCCACCAGGCUAUUAAUGAUGCCCAUCAGAUUACCCUUUGCCUCCUUAGCAUGAACUGUGUCUUAGACCCGAUCAUCUACUGCUUCCUCACCAAAAAGUUCCGCAAGCACCUCAGCGAGAAGUUUUACAGUAUGCGCAGCAGCCGCAAGUGCUCUCGGGCCACCACGGACACGGGCACUGACGUGGUCAUGUCGCCCAACCAGAUCCCUAUACUUACCCUCCAAAAUUAGCGCUUGCGUGCUGGGGUCGGGUCCAGGGAAUCGCAGACUGAGCUGGGGAGGAGGCGUGGUGUCUGCUGUGGGCACCUCCUCCCCGACACUGGUGGCCCAAUGAAGAUGGUAGUGGCCUCAUUCAGGCAGAUGUGACUGAUGGAAAUUUCAGAAUUAAAAUGCUCUUUCAUCUAUCUCUGGGUUCACACUAUACUAAUCUUGGUUGAUGAAAUCAUCCAAAGCCCCUGAGUCUGAUAUGGCUAGGACCAAAUUGAGGCCUUCUACAGUGGAUUCUGAGCCACCCAGUUCAUCGUACUGGGGCAGGCAGCCUGACAUUUUUAUUUUUUUAUUAUUUUUCAAGGUGGGGUCUCACUCUAGCCCAGGCUCACCUGGAAUUCACUGUGUAGUUUCAGGUUGGCCUCGAACUUAUGAAGAUCCUCCUACCUCUGCCCUUCCAGUGCUGGGAUUGAAAGCAUGCGCCACCAAGCCCCGCUCAGCCUAACAUUUUGGCAAUGACUCUCCAGUGUUACUAGCAAUGAAGGAGUAACUGCAAAAGGAUUUCUUCACUGGCUGUGUGGAAAGUUUUUUUUGGAGCAGCUCUUGGAGUCAGGAUGGGUGUCAUCCUCUUUGUACCCACAGGUACAAUGUCUUUGUGACACUUUCAGGAGAAGUGGCUUGGAGGAAGAUUCAGGCUAACCUGGUUACUGAUUUUUAAAGCAACCAGAGAAAUUAAGAAUGGACUAGACCUUUGGAUGGAAGUGUUUACUGUCCAGGCCUCCCUUGUGUCCUGCUUGGGUCAGCUCUGAGGGAGCUGGAGAGAGAUGGCACCUCAGUCAUCUUCCUAUCUCAGUAACAGACCCUUGUUGAUCAUGUUCUAUGGGACAACCACCCAUUAUGUGGGCAAAAACCUUUCAAAACAAACUUUGGAUGUCUCUGGGACAGGGAACAAGCUGGGAAGUGCUGGAGGCUUCUGGGUAAAAGGCAUUGCUCACUCCCUAGCAGGACCCCCCCCCCCCAACCUAGCUUACAGAAAGUGGAAAGGACAGUUUCAGUCCCAACCCUGCUGGCAGGUGAGAGCUUCUCUUGAGACCUCUAGAUACCUGUUAGUGAAUUUAGGCAAGUGUAUUAAUCACUUCGGCCUUGCAGUGACCAAACUACUACUGUGGUACUUUGAAUAUGAUGUUCCCCAUAGUGUCAUGUGUUUUGUUUUUGUUUGUUUGUUUUCAUUUUUCAUUUUUCAAGCUAGGGUCUCACUCUAGCUCAG